AUGACGGGCAAAGCGGGCGCGGCGCUGGCCCCCAGCCUGCCCGGCAAGCCCAAGCCCGACGGCGCGGCCGCCGCCGCCCCGCCACCGCCUCCGCCGCCCCCCGCGGCAGGGGUCAAGCCCAGCUCCGGGCCCACCCCUCCUCGUUGCACCGGUUUCGGUAUCCAGGAGAUCCUGGGCUUGAACAAGGAGCCGCCGUCGCACCCUCGGGCCGCCCUGGACUCUCUGCCCGCCGGGCACCUGCUGGCGGCCCGCUCUGUGCUCAGCCCCGCCGGGGUGGGCGGCGUGGGCAUGGGGCUACUGGGGGCCGGCGGCAUCCCUGGCUUUUACACUCAGCCCACCUUCCUGGAGGUGCUCUCCGACCCCCAGAGCGUCCACCUGCAGCCCCUGGCCCGGGCUCCCGGGCAGCUGGACAGCAGCCAGACGGCCAGCUCAGAUUCCGAGGAUGUCUCCUCCAGCGACCGAAAAAUGUCCAAAUCUUCCCUAAACCAGAGCAAGAAACGAAAGAAGAGGCGGCACAGGACAAUCUUCACAUCCUACCAACUGGAGGAACUGGAAAAGGCCUUCAAUGAGGCCCACUAUCCUGACGUUUAUGCUAGAGAGAUGUUGGCCAUGAAAACAGAGUUGCCAGAAGACAGGAUACAGGUUUGGUUCCAGAACCGCCGGGCCAAAUGGCGGAAGAGAGAGAAAUGCUGGGGCAGGAGCAGUGUGAUGGCUGAGUAUGGGCUCUACGGUGCCAUGGUGCGUCACUCCAUCCCACUGCCCGAGUCCAUCCUCAAGUCUGCCAAGGAUGGCAUCAUGGAGUCCUGUGCCCCUUGGCUCCUGGGGAUGCACAAAAAGUCUCUGGAGGCAGCGGCUGAGGCGGGGAGGAAGACAGAGGUGGAGCGCCAGGCCCUGCCCAAGCUUGACAAAGGUGACAAGGAAGAGAGGGGUCCGGAUCCCAAAACCACCAUUUCUCAGGAGGAACUGAGAGAAAACAGCAUUGCUGCCCUCAGGGCCAAAGCUCAGGAGCACAGCACCAAAGUCCUGGGGACCAUUGCUGGGGACACCCCAGCCCCAGGCAGGAAGCCGGAGACAGGGGAGGAGAUGGCAGUGGCAGAGGAUGAGAGACAGACGGAGAAGUUGAACUCGUCGCAGAAGGAGGAGAAGCUGAUCUAGGGGGAAGAGAGGCGGUGGAAGCCAGCCCCGACAGACACUCUGUCCUC